AUGACCGCGUCUAUGGGCGGUGUCUCAUGCUGCAGGCCUUCCCAUCAUGCACUGGGAGGACCUCAGCCAGCGGAUAGCAGAGCUAGAGAAACAGGAGCAGGAGAGGAGGGAAAGGUCAAAGACCGGGCUGAGGACGGAGGACGGUGGGGGGGGAGUGUGGAGACAUGUGUGGGAGGAGGACGAGGAGGACGGCAGGCAGGAGGUGUCGAGUCGCCGUCGUCUCGUCACGAUUUCACAGCCACAGAAACCUGCAGCUGUGCUUCAUCAACGACAGCGACAGUGAGGACGAGGACCAAGCAAACACCAGAAAGGUUUCCAUGGGAACGGGGGCGUAACGGUUGCCACGCGGCGGGGCUGAAACAGGAAGUGGCGACGGCUCUGAGGACGCUGAGGGACAAACUGCUGGCGGAGCAGAGAGAGAGCGAGCAUCUGUCCGGCAGCAGCAGCUGUGUCUCUGAGCGGAAACAUCUGGAGCGUCUGGAGCUGCAGGAGCUUUCAGUGCAGCAGCUCAGCAGCCUGAGAGCGUCACUGCAACAGGAAGUGCACGCUCUGAGCUCGGAGCUGGUGACCCACCUGUUGGUACGAGACCAGCUGAGGACGAAGCAGGACGCCAUGCUGCUGGACGUCCAGGACCUGACCUAACGCCACGACCACAGACUGGGACGGUCCACACUAACAAGUUUAACAAUUGGAACAUCUGGCCAUGUUCGUCCAUGUCAGGAGUCAAUAACUUCAACUAAACGUCCGCUGAGCUGCCAACGCAUCAAAACUGACAGAGCGCCAGCCUUCAGGGCACGAAGGGGACGAUACGACCGGAUGGUCAGGUGUAAACGAAACUGAGUCGCCUGAAAACCCAGAAGGUUUUAUGGCACCACUUUGAGGUUGUCCAGUCAGGACGAAACUUCAGCACAACGUCCAAAAGAAACGAGUCGGUUCACGGCAGCAAGUUGAUAAGAAACAAAGAGAAGUAACUUUGAAAGUUCAACGAAGGAACAAAGUUUUCGGUGGAUUGAAUCCAAAUUCAAACACAAAUCAAUCACCUUCUGGCUGGUGAGGACGGGGUUACCCUUAAACCGCGAACAAAGAAAGACAAACACAGCUAAGCUCGAGGAUUUUGUCGUAACUUCCUCUAAACUUCACUCGGCCAUUGAAUUCUGUGUUUUGUUUUGCAUAUGAACUAACUCAGGAUCUGUUUUCGAGUUUAGGUCCAGUUUCAGUCGUGGAAAUUAAAGCAGAGGUCCAGAAGGGAAGACGUCUACUCUGAUGCUUCCAGGGUGAUGACACCCAGAGCAGGUUUACAAAAACUGAAAAUGACGAGUUAGUGGACCGCAUGGUCACUUCUAACCGUUUUUUUAAUGCAUGUCUACAAAUAGUUCAAAACAGCCCAUUAUCCCCCAAAACAAACGCUCAUUUCGCCCGUUUCUUCGAAGUGACACAGUUAGAACUGCAUGAAAAACAGCGUACGUUUCUGUAAAGCACAGGUGCGUCACAUUUGUCAACAAUGCUUCAGAGACUACAUAAACCACUCAACUGUUGCUUCAGAAAAGAUUUCUGUAAAAGUAGAGUAAGGUUGGUAAAAAGUGUUCAGUGGCCCAAACGCUUCUGCGAAACUGAAACCAACUUCAGGGAGUGUUUGUUUUUGAGAAACAGGACUUUGGAGUGAUGGCCGUUUGUUUUGUCUCUGCACCAGCGAUAGCUGAGGCCGGAGGCAUCAUGCUUUCAGGUUGUCCAUCUGU